CACCAAAGCAGGCUGACUCACUUUACAACACAGGUAAUCAAAAUGGGAAAAAUUGACUAUAAGAUUCUGCUUAUUUCACUCUGCCUUUUACACUUCUCCGUUCACUGUCAAGGACGACCACUAAGUAAAAGGACAGUGAGUGAGGUCCAGUUCAUGCACAACCUCGGAGAGCACAAGCAGGUGCAGGAGCGCCGGGAGUGGCUGCAGAUGAGGCUCCGGGGUAUCCACGCGGCAGGGCCCCGGGACAGCAGUCGGGAGACGGCGGGCCGGAGGAGGAGAAGGCGGCCGCUGCGUCUGGAGGAGCUGGACGAGCUGAGCGAUCUGACUUCUGAUGAGAUCCAGCACGCUUUGAACGUUUUGGACGAGCUCCUCAAGCCAGAAUGA